AGCGUCCCCGCCCGUCAUUUCUGACAGCCACGAAAAGCAGGGCGAUUCAGUAGUAGAUCUAGCAACACGCUGCAUCAAGAGAGAUAAAGGAAUUACACCUGAAACGAAAAUUCAAGGAAGAACCUUAUUGCACUAUGGGAGUAUCUUCCUCCAGUCUUCUAGAUGAAAGUAAAUCCAACUACAUAAAAGGCCGGACGGAGGCGGAGCUGAAGAACUUCAGCCCGCAUUAUCGGAGGCAGUACUCGGUGGCCUACUUCUCCCAGCUGCAGGAGGAGGUGGAGCAGCACCGGACGGGCCACACGCACCUCCUAAAACAGAGGGCACCCCCAGAGGAUGCUGAGAUCCUGUACGAGGAGAGCGUGCUUUAUUUCGACGACUCCAGGAAAUGGAAGGAGAGGUACGUGGUGGUGAGAGCCAACUACAGCCUGGAGUGCCAUGACAGCAAUGAGAGCUUCACAAAAGGAGCACCCCCACGCCACAAGAUCCAGCCAACAGGGGGCAGCGUGCUGGUAUCGGAGGAGCAGUACACGGCCAUGGUGGACAAGGCCUUCCCAGACCCUAACAGUGUGAAGGAGGAGUCUUCCGCGCCUAUAGUGGUGAUGCCUGGACAGUUCCCCAUCUACCUGCACCUUCCCUACCACAGGGAUGCCUACUUCUGUUUCCACCAGGAGGACCGCCAAUCCCGCUUCAUCUCCAUACUGACUGACUGCAUCCGGCACCAGAACCAUGACUUCCUGAAGAAGACGACAUGUGAUGUGCAGGCCUUCCUGAAGGCCAUCCAAUCGUACAGGCAGGAGAAGGGUCACUAUGAAUCAUGGGACAUGCUGCUUGGCAGCGAUGUGCAGGUACUGGCUAACCUUGUAAUGGAGGAGCUGUUGCCCUCACUGCAAACGGAACUGCUGCCUCGUUUGAAGGGGAAGAAGACAGAGAGGAAGAGAGUGUGGUUUGCGACAGUGGAGGCGGCCUAUGCGCUGGUGCAGGACCAGCUCAGGGAGGAGCUCGCCACUCUGAGAGAGGAGUGUUCGGCUUCAGCCAAGCAGCAGGAGGCCCUCAUCCGCUCCAAUAUGGACCAGAUCAUCAGCUCCCGCACCUUCCUGGAGGGAAAGCUGCAGGCUAUGGUGUCUGAGCCGGCGGUGCGGUACUGUUCGGAGCACGUGCAGCCGUACCUGACCUCCAUCCUGGAGGAGCUGAUGGGCCCGGUGAGUGCCGGCUUCCAGGAGGCGCGGCAGGUGUGCGAGGGGAGGAUGGACGGGCUGUGCCGAGACUUCCAGGAGAACAGAGACGGGCUCAAAGAGGCUCUGGGGCAGUUGCGGAGGACAAGCCUGCGGGACUGUUACCGCCGUGUGGAUGUCCUGCGGGAGCAGCUCCAUGAGCUUCGCAACAGAUUCAAGUUCUCCAACACCGACCGGCUGGUCCAGAGUGCCCAGACUGACAUCCAGCAGCUGAUGGAGAACGUGGCGUACACAUUCGAGCUGCUGCUCCAGACGGCGCUGAAAGAUGGCCAGGCCAAACCAGGCUCUGUCAUGGAGAAGGCCAAGCUCAGAGUCCUGAAACAAUAUGACUAUGACAGCAGCACAGUGCGGAAGAGGAUCUUUCAGGAAGCACUGGUGGACAUCACCCUGCCCGCUAUCAAGAGGAGCCUGGCUCCCAGCUGCAAACUGGAACUUCAGAAGUUUGAUCAGUAUAUCUUUGCUGAUUACACAAACUUUAUACAAGUGGAAAAUGUCUAUGAAGACAUCUUGUUGAAAAUACUGACCGCAGAAGUCAGCAAAGUGGUGAAAGAGGCCGCCAGCCUGAAGAAGCACAACCUGUUUGUGGACAGCACGGACCUACAAAGCGUGAGUCAGGCCAGCCUGAGCGAGAGGGGGACCCCGCCCCGCUCUGCCCCCUCCAGCCCUGCCAAGGCUCCGCCCCCCUCCACCCAGCAGCCCACUCCACCGCUGCAGGGGAAUGGCCUGCUGGAGAGCCAGGCACUCGUGGACGCACCUGGGGGAGGGGCCACUGAGAAGGAGGCCGCGCCCACCGACCCACAGACCGACCAGCGUCCGCCCAGCCCCAGUGUGACGAGCGCUGGUGCCAAAGAGGACCCCUCAGAAAUCAGCCCAGGGUCGCCCGGUCUCAGUGGUGCCCCAGAAGGUACCAGCAUUGACGGCGUGCCUGUCAUAGAGGUGACCUCGGCUGAACAGCCAGCGGCAGACAAACCAGGCAAUAUUACCCCUUCUUUGGCGAUACAAGAAAGUGACGCAGUCCAUCUUGUCACCCCUACUGAGCGGAAGGACAAUAGUACAGUCCAUCUUGAUACCACAGGUGAUGAGAAAGAACAUGGUACAGCCCAAAGUGACAUCCCAGCUGAGGGAAAGGACAGUGGUACAGUCCAUCUGAGCUCCCAUACAGAAGAGAAAGAAAGUGAUGUAGUCCUGCCUGACUCCACUGCAGAGGUGAAGGAUAGUGAGGUAGCCUGUCCAGUUGCUGAAGUUGAGGCCAGCUCUGACUUACCUGAGGACCUGAAGGGAAGUGAAACCCUUUUCCCCUUAAUCAUAAAUACUGAGAGCAAGGAACAAUCCGGAACGUUCUGUCUUGAUGUCAGCCCUGCAGAAAGCACCAUUCCCACCAUAACUCACCCAGCAGAAGAAGUCCAAGAGCCGCCCCUCUCUCUCAAUGCAGGCAUUACCACUGAAAUUCCAGAAGGUGGCGCCAUUGCCCAACAGGCUGAAUGUCCAGCAGGGAUUCAAGAGGAGGCAGCUUCCUUGAGUGAGGAGUGCCCCUCUGAGGUUAAGGAGGAGUAUGAGGAGGAGGAGCCGGCUUUAGACUGCGUGAGAGCGAUCAGAGACCUGGUGGUGGAGAUCAUCGAAGUCGAGGAUCUGGUACAGAGACAACCUGACAGCAACAACCCAUGAGAAGAACAAGGAAACCAGGGGUCAAUAAUUCUACAAUGGCAUUGCAAAGGGAUUACAGAGUGUUCAUUUUAAAUCAACGAAAGACUAUAGGGGCUGCUGAACACCAAGACCAAGCAAACUACAGACUGUGCCUGAACACUGUACCUGUACAUUCCAUAUUGGAGAGCAGUAGAGUAAUAAACUAAAAUAUUUCUUAACCAAGUACCAGUUAAACUAAUGUCGAUAUAAAUCUCUGAGAAACAGCACACCUUUGCUCUGCAAAUUAUAUAUGUACAUAAGCAUAAUUUCAUAUGAAUAUUGUUAUGUUAAAUGACAUGAGUUAAUUGUGAGACUCUUAGAACAGUGUUUCCAUGUGAGCGGGUUCACUGUUAUAUGCACUCCCAUUGUUCCUGUAUUAGCUUCAGCAGCUCACAUUUUUUAGUGUUGUACAUAUUAAUUUUCUGAAUGAGUCAUGGUAUACCUGUACUGUUUGCUUCCAAAUUACUGAAUGGGAUCAUUGGUUAAUGCUAUCUCUUAGAGUCACCCACCAAUGACUACAAAUAGCAUUUGCCUGAAAUUCGCUAUUCCAUUAGAAACAGAAGGAUAUUAUUAGUCAUAAUAACAUCUUAUAUCAAAGAUGGUGUCAAGCACCUUCCUGGUAGCUGUGCAGAGGAAGGCCAGGAGUUCACCAUGUUCCAGAAAGAUCUAUACAACAGACAUUCUAAUCCAGUAAUAUAGUAACAAAGCUUUUAACCAUUUUUGUAAAUUAUAAUUCUUACAGUGUUCUGAAGAAUGACUAUGCAGCUUAUAAAUAAUCUAUCGGUGUAUGCUGAAUAGACAUGUUUAGUAAAGCAAGCACAAUUUGGAUGUAUUCAAAGUGAGAGUUUGUGACUAAUAAUAUCAGCUAAAGUAGCUGAUUAAGCCCGUAAAGCAAUUUUAGCAAAAUUACUUAUUAUCAAGAAGUAUAACCUGAAAAUUCUUUACAUUGGUGUGAAUGAUUUGAUAAUAUCUGACAAGCAUAUGUUGGACAGAGACAUUUUUAGUUUUAUUCACUAAUUUUUAUCCGUUUAGCAAAACCAAUGAAACAUUAAUAUUGUGUGGGCGGAUGCUUUAUUGCCUGUGUAAAUGAAUGAUAACAGUCAUUCUGUGCCAUUAGAAUUGCCAAAGAAAGUUCUAGCCUGAUUUGUAUACUUAAAUAAAGGACUCCCUCAUCCUGAGGUGCAAAGCUGA